AUAAAAUUAUACAGCAAAUCCCUAAAAUCCAAUUUCCCAUCGGAAUCGGAUUCAUCGGCAAUCAACAACAACAACACACACUCGAAGAAGAAGAAGAAGAAGAAGAAGAAGAAGAAGAAGAAGAAGAAGAUGGGAUUACAAGGUCAACUCUCCGACGUCUCCUCCGAUUCAAUCCCUCUGAUGCUCGUUGCUCUCCUCGCUACUUUCUUCAAACACGUUCGCUCUUUUCUCCUCCGUUUCUCCUCCUCCGGUCCUCAUCUCUCCGUCGACGAUGCUUCUGCCUCGGUUUCUUCAGGACUCGAGAGCCUCGUCGUCCUCGCCGACCAGCUCAAACUCAAUCGCGUAUUCUCCUACCGCUACGCCGAUACCGCCGCCUCCGAUUGCAUCGUCUGUUUGUCUACACUCAAGGCCGGAGAAGAAGUGAGGAAGCUCGAUUGCAGACACGUCUUCCACAAGGAGUGUUUGGAAGGUUGGCUACAACAUCUCAAUUUCAAUUGCCCGCUCUGUAGAUCUCCUUUGGUCGCUCAUGGAGGUGGUGAUUCGAUCUCAUCUUUUCCUCUUCAAUCAGCCACUGCAUCUCAUUGAUUGUUCAUUCGAUGUGAACCAAAAAUGAAGAAGAAGAAGAAGAAAGAGAGAAGAAGAGUUUUGGGUGUUUUUGAUCUCGUCGCUUUCUCCUCUUUCUUUUCUCUAGUGAGUCGAAAAAAGGGGAUUCUUAAAAAAAUUGCCUUCUAUAUUUUUUUUUUUUGAGGAAUCUCAGAUGAAUCUCAGAUCUCGGAGAGGUCCUUUGGUGUUUUGAUGUAAAUUAUUUAGUAUGAAAAAAGUAGUCUU